AUGUCGACCGGCUACGAUAACCUCCCCAUGGACGACGAAGAAUUCGACGAGUCCCAAAUUGACUUCACCGACAUCGAAGAUCAAUACCAAGUGCGCUUAGAUGAGGGGCUGGACGCUUUCGUGGUCAUCGACGGCCUGCCCGUUGUACCUGAAGAUAGCAAGGCCAAGCUGGUGAAGUUCGUGCUGAGGAAGCUGAACUCGGUGGGAAAGGUCAAAGAGGACGGCGUCCACAUGCCGGUUAGCGACGAUGGAAAGACUGAGGGAUAUGCCUUCGUAGAGUACAACGCGCCCAGCGAGGCCGUCGCGGCCGUCAAGCAGCUGCACCUUACCCCUCUAGACAAGAAGCACACGAUGCAGGUCAACAAGCUCACCGACAUCGACCGAUUUGGAAAGGAAGGCCGCGUAGACGACGAAUACCACGAGCCGCACAUCGAGCCGUUCCAGCAAAAGGAGCAUUUGCGCUCGUGGCUUGGCGACCCCGAGGGACGUGACCAGAUGGUCAUGUUCCGCAACGAGAAAGUCGGGGUUUUCUGGAACAACAAGGAGGACGGUCCCGAGCCAGUCGUGGACCGCGAGAACUGGACCGAGUCGUUCGUACAAUGGUCGCCACAGGGAACAUUCCUUACAUCAAUGCACGCGCAGGGUGUGCAGCUGUGGGGCGGCAAGGCGUGGAGCAGGCAAAAGCGGUUUGCGCACCCCGGUGUCAACCUGGUCGACUUCUCGCCGAGUGAAAAAUAUGUUACUACAUGGUCGCACCGCCCGCUCCAGGUUGACGAGAAUCACCCGGUCCCGUCUCUUUCGUUGGAAGAUGAUGGCAAGAACUACGUUAUCUGGGAUAUCGCCACCGGCAAGCCUCUGCGCUCGUUCACCACUAUAGACGUACCAACAUCAACGGAUGACAAUGGCGAACCUGUAAAGAAGAAGAUGCAAUGGCCAACCUUCAAGUGGUCAGCCGAUGAGAAGUACGUUGCUAGGAUGACGCCGAACCAGUCCAUAUCCGUGUAUGAACUGCCCCGCAUGAACCUGCUAGACAAGCAGUCGAUCAAGAUUGAAGGUGUCAUGGAUUUUGAAUGGGCACCCGCUACGCCAAAGCGAGAGGGUAUCAAGACCUACGAGCAACUCAACCCUGCCAAGGUCGGUCUCAUGUCGGUCCCUACGAAGGAAAUCGUCCGUACUCGCAAUCUUUUCAAUGUCUCUGAUGCCAAGCUUCAUUGGCAGUCUGAGGCCGCCUAUGUCUGCGUCAAGGUCGAUCGUCAUUCCAAGUCCAAGAAGUCCAUGGCUACUAACCUGGAGAUCUUCCGUGUCAAGGAAAAGGGUGUUCCUGUUGAGGUCGUCGAUUCUCUCAAAGACACAGUCAUCAACUUUGCCUGGGAACCUAAGGGCAAUCGAUUCGUGCUUAUUACGGCUGGUGAAAUACCUGCCGGCGCAGCGGUUCCCCCAAAGACUGCCGUGUCCUUUUUCGCUCCGGAGAAGCUUAAGGGUGGAGCUCCUGGUAACUUUCGUCACAUCAGAACGGUCGACAAGAAGAACAGCAAUGCUAUCUACUGGUCUCCCAAGGGACGCUUUGUUGUCGUGGCAGCUCUCCAGUCGCAGCAAUCGUUCGAUCUUGAUUUCUGGGAUCUCAGCUUUGACAAGCCCAAGGACGAAGCCGAAAAGGGUGACAAGGAGCUCAACGCUAAUCUGCAGCUCAUGUCAACUGCUGAGCACUAUGGCAUCACUGACAUCGAGUGGGACCCCUCAGGUCGCUAUGUCGCCACGGUGGCUUCCGCAUUCAGACACCAUAUGGAAAACGGGUACCAUAUCAACUUAUUUGGCGCCCGCGACCCCCGACUCUGCUCUCCAAGGAAGAGCAAGCCGAGAUCCGCAAAAAACUUGCGCAACUACUCCAAGGUCUUUGACGAGCAGGACCAGGCCAAGAAGAACACUGCUAACAAGGCGGUCAUUGAGGAACGCCAGAGACAGCUCAACGAGUGGCUCGAGUUCCGCAAGAGCAUGCGUGAGAUGCUGGAAGAGGAGGGUGCGGAGAUUGAGCUGAAUAACGGCAAGGUGGUCAGGGAAGAAGAUGGCGAGGUGGAGGAGAUCGAGGAGAUUGUCGAGGAGAUAAUCGAGGAAAGUGAAGAGGUGAUCCAGUAG